GUUUUUGUAUCUAUUACUUUAGUCUGUAUUAUGGGCUUGCUUCUUGUGUUGUUGUUUAUUUUAUUACAGAAAAUAUAUGCUCUAUGCCAUAUAUUUGACCAUGUAUCUAAAUGCCUACAUUUACCUACAAUAUAGAAAAUUAUCUCGAGGAUUUACAUACCGGUAGCUGUAAUACUAACAGGUCCUCUGAGUGCCGUCCUAUGCGUUUUACACAAAUGUUGGAUUUAUUGUACGUCCCUGGGCAUUAUUCCGGAAGGGAUUUUUGUGUGUGUUUGGGUUCUUUGUCGUGAAUCAGCUGAUCAGGAACUCACCAAACUGUAGUAAACGUGACAGCGCGAUGGGAAUUGGUUUGAUCAAGUCAAGUUUUGCCAUGUUUGUGAUGAUAAUAAAAUCAUGAAGACCCCCUGCAUUCGUCGCUUUUUGUAAUUCAGUACCGCUCGGAGUAGACAACAGAUUCGUGGACGAAGGAAAACGGGUAGGUGUACAUUUUUCUUCUGAUUACCUAACGUUAGCUAGAUAACGUUACAUCUUUCAUUUCCUUCCCCUUUUCGGCAUGCUACUAUUUGCUGCCGUGCUAGCAGAUUAUUGUGAAUCAAAUUAAAAACGAAAGCAAAUGCUGCACUGGUAAUGAAUGUGAUGGUCAGCUGAACUCGAGUUCCAUGGUUGGUGAUGACGACACAUUUUAUGUUCUCAUAUUUAACUGUUGAAAUGAUAAUAACAAUAUGACUAAUGGCACAAGCAAAAACACUGGGAAAUGUGGGAGGAAUAGUAUGUUAUUGUACAUUGUCAAGUGUUUGACCAUGCUUCAGUCAACACACAUACUCGUUUUUCAAAUUAUGAAAAUUAGCUAGCAUAUCUUUAUCUUCAUUCUGCAUUUCAUCAAGUCCUUUAAGUCCAUUGAAAUUCCCAGUGUGUUUAGGUGCAGUAAUGCAACAGUAAUGAGUCAGACCUUGCUCGCCAUAUUCACCCAAUUUCCUCUAACUGCCACCUAACCUCCCAAAAAUGCAAUCAGAAUAUUCCAAACAUAAUUAAAAUGUCUACUGACAAAAUUGGCUUCUGCUAUUGAGGUGAUAGGCUUUAUUUGGCGGGUUGUAGACUAGAGGUUACAGAAGUCCUGAAAAGUGUUUAAUUUAUUACUGUCUAGAACUACACUGAACAAAAAUAUAAACGCAACAUGUAAAGUGUUCGUCCCAUGUUCCAUGAGCUGAAAUAAAAGAUCCAGCAACUUCGCACAGCAAUUGAAGAGGAGUGGGACAACAUUCCACAGGCCACAAUCAACAGCCUGAUAAACUCUAUGCGAAGGAGAUGUGUGGGGCUGCAUGAGGCAAAUGGUGGUCACACCAGAUACUGACUAGUUUUCUGAUCCACGCCACCUACUUUUUUUUAAAGGUAUCUGUGACCAACAGAUGCAUAACUAUAUUUCCAGUCAUGUGAAAUUAAUAGAUUAGGGCCUAAUUUAUAUAUUUCAAUUGACUGAUUUACAUGAAAGUGUUGCAUGUUGCGUUUAUUUUUGUUCAGUGUAUUUUGAAGCUGUCAGAACAAAGCCUUUCUUUGAUUGUGCUAAAAUGCUUUUGCUUUACAAAAUGGGUUGUUAUUGCUAAGCCUACUGAAUGAUAAAUACUGAAACCGCCAGACCGUUUGUAAACACACAUGUAAUCACCACUUGUGACUGUCUGCUGGUCCUUGUCAUAGCUGCUCCUAUUUGGCUCCUGGACAGUGGACACUCUGAAAAUACACUUUAAUGUCUUUCUCUGGCUUUGUUUGCAGUGUGGAGCAUUGAGGUGCAGGCCAGCAAAGUGCAGGAAUGGAUCCUCUGGGAGCCCGCUCUCAGUUUGUGGAGGUACAGACUCUGUCCACCUGGGAGCGGCAGCCGGACCCUGAGGGAGAGGAGACAGAGAAGGAGUACACUGACAGACUGGUCAGCCAGCAGGCCUUCCCCUCCCCUUUUCCCUACAGAGAGGACAUCAACAGGAAGAUAGUGCUCUAGUGAGUGACACACCGACUGGACCUCUAUCUCUAAUACCACUUCUCUAUCUUGUGGUCUCUCUUUUGCUCUCUUGCGUUCUCUUUUUUCGCUAUCUCGGGGUCUCUCUCAUUUUCUCUUACAAUCAUAAUCGUCAAACUCUUAUCAAAUGCCUUUGUUGAUGGCUAUAAGGUCUCUCAAGUUGUAUCCCUGGCUUCUUGUGCCUUGUGAUCCUGUUAUUGCUCCAUGCAUCACUGUGGAUCUCUCUCUCUCUCUCUCUCUCUCUCCACGUGGGCAUUCUACCCUCUACUUCAUAAAUCCUCUUUGUGGAGCGAGGCUGAGCACAUCACGGGUCCAGAGGUUCCACUAGUAGGAGUCGCUCAGUAAGACCUUUGUACCCAGGUUGCCUCAAGCCCUCCUCACAUUCCUGCUGCUGUUAAAGGAACAGACUGGACUAAACUAAGGCCUUUUUACACAGGUCUUAGGAAAAUCACUUUUCUGCAAAAACAGUUUGUUUGAAAUUUUAGCAACAUUUUAGCAAAAGAACAGAAAUAUCACAUUUACAUAUGUAUUCAGACCCUUUACUAAGUACUUUGUUGAAGCACCUUUGGCAGCGAUUACAGCCUAGAGUAUUCUUGGGUAUGACGCUACAAGCUUGCCACACCUGUAUUUGGGGAGUUUCUCCCAUUCUUCUAUGUAGAUCCUCUCAAACUCUGUCAGGUUGGAAGGGGAGCGUCACUGCACAGCUAUUUUCAGGUCUCUCAAGAGAUGUUCCAUCUGGUUCAAGUCUGGGUUCUGGCUGGGCCACUCAAGGACAUUCAGAGACUUGUCCAGAAGCCACUCCUGCGUUGUCUUGGCUGUGUGCUUAGAGUCGUUGUCCUGUUGGAAGGUGAACCUUCGCCCCAGUCUGAGGUCCUGAGCACUCUGGAUCAGGUUUUCAUCAAGGAUCUCUUUGUACUUUGCUCCGUUCAUCUUUCCUUCGAUCCUGACUAGUCUCCCAGUCCCUGCCGCUGAAAAACAUCCCCACAGCAUGAUGCUGCCACCACUAUCCUUCACCAUAGGGAUGGUGCCAGGUUUCCUCCAGACGUGACGCUUGGCAUUCAGGCCAAAGAGUUCAAUCUUGGUUUCAUCAGACCAGAGAAUCUUGUUUCUCAUGGUCUGAGUCCUUUAGGUGCCUUUUGGCAAACUCCAAGCAGGCUGUCAUGUGCCUUUUUACUGAGGAGUGGCUUUUGUCUGGUCACUCUACCAUAAAGGCCUGAUUGGUGGAGUGCUGCAGAGAUGGUUGUCCUUCUGGAAGGUUCUCCCAUCUCCACAUAGGAACUCUGGAGCUCUGUCAGAGUGACCAUCGGGUUCUUGGUCACCUCCCUGACCAGGGCCCUUCUCCCCCGAUUGCUCAGUUUGGCCGGGCGGCCAGCUCUAGGAAGAGUCUUGGUGGUUCCAAACUUCUCCCAUUUGAAGAAUGAUGGAGGCCACUGUAUUCUUGGGGACCUUCAAUGCUGCAUACAUUUUUUGGUACCCUUCCCCAGAUCUGUGCCUCAACACAAUCUUGUCUCGGAGCGCUACUGAGAAUUCCUUCGACCUCAUGGCUUGGUUUUUGCUCUGACAUGCACUGUCAACUGUGGGACCUUUAUAUAGACAGGUGUGUGCCUUUCGAAACACAGUCCACCUCCAAUCAAGUUGUAGAAACAUGUCAAGGAUGAUCAAUGGAAGCACCUGAGCUCAAUUUCGAGUCUCAUAGCAAAGAGUCUGAAUACUUAUGUAAGUAAGGUAUUUCUGUUUUAUUUUAAUAAAUUAGCAAACAUUUCUAUAAACCUGUUUUCGCUUUGUCAUUAUUGGGUGUUGUGUGUAGCAUGAUUAUUUUAUUUAAUCAAUUUUAGAAUAAGGCUGUAAUGUAACAAAAUUUGGAAAAAGUCAAGAUGUCUGAAUACUUACCGAAUGCACUGUAUAUAUAUAUUUUUUUCAAUUGAAAAGGACUGGAAUUGGUCAAACUCUCAGUUUAAUACAUGUACAAAAUGAUCAUUUUCCCCUAAAAGCAUGAUGGUCAUGACUUGUUUACAUGAAAGGGGAGCAUUACUUGUCUCCGCAGACAAUCGAUCUGAGAUUGACUUAAGUUUCAGUCAUGGGAUUCAUUUUUGCUUUAACCCCUGCAAGUGUGUACAACAAGGCCUACAAUUCUUAGCUUGUUCACAUCCAACCUUUUUGAGGUAGCACUGCUGUGAUUAUGCCGAUAUAGUGAGGAAGAAAUCAUUAUGACUUGUUCAUUGGCUGUUUGCUAGCUCCAGCAUUUUAGUGAAGUGAAACAGACACGGGUCACUGUAAACGUGAUCGUGCGUGUUCUUUUGCUAUUUCAAUAGCUCGGCUGUCUACUGAUCUGUACUCCAAUGUCAAGGUUGUCAUAGUCUUCAUAGUCAUUGAGAAAUAAGCCUUAGGAUGUCAUAUGACUCAGUACCAACGUCACACUGCUUGAGUAGUUCCCUUUUUACAGUUUGACAAAGCAAAGUUGAAAAAUGUAAAUGCAUAGAAAGCAAUUUAGGAGCACAAUGACAGUUAUUUGAGGUAUUAAAGCUAGAAUCCUUCAUUUGUCUAGGCACACUGGUACUCCUAAAUACAAAUUCCAGGUCGCACAGCAAAAUAUUUUUUUCCAGGUCGCACAGCCCCGUGGAAUAGGAUCUUAACUCAGUAAAGACACAUGUAGUCCAACUUAAACUGUUGUGUUAAUCAUCCAUAAACGUCAAAGGGAGAUACUGUAUGAGUUGGAGCUUGAGUAUGGCCAAUACAGAGUUAAAAUAUCUGACCCUCUUUCUUUCUGCUGUCUCCUCUCAGUAAUGGCGACGUGGCCCUGCUGAACUGCACAGCAAUUGUCAACACGAGUAACGAGACUCUGACGGACAAGAACCCCAUUUCUGAGAGCAUCCUCUUACACGCUGGGCCUGAGCUUCGAGACGAGCUGCUCAAACUGAACGGUAGGGGGCACCACUGAGUCAUCAGGUCAAGGACAGCAUGCCUGGGUUGCUCUUAGUCAGCACAAAACAAGAACAAUAUUUUUCAAUGGAUGAGGUACUAUAUCAACUUGAUCAAUCAGAAUGCUUAUUUUUGUUGUCCAACUUCUCCUAUUCGUUUGUGUCUACUGAACAUGACCUUGUGUUAUGCUGUCAAAAUGAAUGUCAUGUGUUAACAUCAUGUGAGCACUGGAGACAAACACAUUAAUGCCAGCUUUUUAUACCACUUGCUCAUUUUCAAACAGGAAAAAAGUGUUGGAUUGGGUCUUGUUGCUAUGCAAAUCCCUUUCAAGGCUAUGUUCAUGGUGAAGAAUGUUCUAUUUGUGUGUUCUGUGUGGGAUGUAUGUGUGUAUUCAUGUGUAUGUGUUUAUCCACAGGAUGUCGGACAGGCGAGGCGAAAAUGACCAAAGGCUUUAACCUGGCGGCACGCUUUAUCAUCCACACGGUGGGCCCCAAGUACAAAGCCAAGUACAGGACGGCUGCUGAGAGCUCACUGUACAGCUGCUAUAGGAACGUAAUGCAGCUCGCCAAGUAAGAAAUUAACUCCUCAUUAGUCUACAUGAGGUUGACUGUAUUGCAUAGGUACAACACAUUGUUCUAUGUGUUCCACCUCGUGUUCAUUUGGCUAGCUGCAUUCCACUAGGUGUGACUGGGACAGCAGGCCUGUUGAUUACAUCACAGCUUGUUUACACACGAGUGUUCUCUCCCCACAUAACACACAUCUGUGUGGAGCGUGAGGUGCUCCCUUACUGCCCAUUUAACCUCAUGAUUUUAGUAAAAAAACAAUUUACUGUGUUUGUGGUGUUUACUGUACUGUCAAUUGAAUGGGUUUUGUGGUGUGUACUGUUAGUAUGUGGAGCUGUGUGUGAGCUGUUGUUUGUGUCUCUGCAGAGAACAGGCCAUGGCGUCUGUGGCCUUCUGUGUGGUAAGCACAACUAAGAGAGGAUACGCACUAGAGGACGCCACACACAUCGCCUUUAGUAAGAACGCACACACACACAGCACACAUUCACUAAUAAUGAUCUCUCAUACAGUAGUAUAAAGUAUACCAUGUCACAUCAUUUUAAGUAGCUCACAUGUGGCUGUCAACUAUUUUAUUUAUUUGUUAGAAAUUUUGCAGGAUGAAAUCUCUUGAGAUGCAUCCUCUCGUUUUCAAGAGUAUCCAAAUGAAAUAAACUCAAACAAACAAACAAACACUACUUAGAAACAAGAAUAAGAAGGCAACUACUGUCUAAUAAUAUCAAUGAAGUAAUAAUAUUUAAAAACAAAAACUUACAUUAACAGCAAAUGAAAAGUUGUAAUGAAAAGUUGUAACUACUAAUAGGCCUACAACUAAUAAAAACAACUACUACAACUACCAAUACAACUAAUAUAACUACUGCUACAGCUACUAAUAUAACUAAUAAAACUACUGCUACAACUACUAAUACAACCCCCCCACCUUGCGAGCAAAACAUUUUAGUGGCCCCCCUCUUGAUAGCAGAGAGAAAAGUUUUAGAGUUAAUUUCCUGCAAUUCUACACAUUUUGCCAUGGAGUGUAGAGAACAUUUUGCAGUUUGAAAGCAAGUUUUCUACAAAUCUUCAUAUUUUGCCAUGGGCGGCGUGAUUUAGCAAUUUUAUAACAAAUUUCAUGCAAUUCUACACAUUUUGCCAUGGGGCGGAAACAGAAGAAAAUCAUUAUAAUUUUUUUGUUUUUGGAAAUUGGCCGCCAGUUGCCCAUCCCUGAUAUGCAUACAUACAUACUGAACAAAAAUAUAAAUGCAACAUGUAAAGUGUUGGUCCCAUGUUUCAUGAGCUGAAAUAAAAGAUCACAGAAAUGUUCCAUACGUACAAAAAGCUUGUUUCUCUCAAAUUUUGUUCACAAAUUUGUUUACAUUCCUGUUAAUGAGCAUUUCUCCUUUGCCAAAAUAAUCCAUCCACCUGACAGGUGUGACAUAUCAAGAAGCUGAUUUAAACAGCAUGAUCAUUACACAGGUGCACCUUGUGCUGGGGACAAUAAAAGGGCACUCUAAAAUGUGCAGUUUUGUCACAACACAAUGCCACAGAUGUCUCAAGUUUAGAGGGAGCGUGCAAUUGGCAUGCUGACUGCAGGAAUGUCCACCAGAGCUGGUGCCAGAUAAUUGAUUGCCACCUCCAACGUCGUUUUAAGAGAAUUUGGCAGUACGUCCAUGAUUUUGACUAGUCUCCCAAUCCCUGCCGCUGAAAAACAUCAUUUUUACAUUUACAUUUUAGUCAUUUAGCAGACACUCUUAUCCAGAGCGACUCACAGUUAGUGAGUGCAUACAUUUUUCAUACUGGCCCCCCGUGGGAAUCGAACCCACAACCCUGGUGUUGCAAGCGCCAUGCUCUACCAACUGAGCUACAGGAGGGCCCACAUCCCCACAGCAUGAUGCUGCCUCCACCAUGCUUCACCAUAGGGAUGGUGCCAGGUUUCCUCCAGACGUGACGCUUGGCAUUCAGGCCAAAGAGUUCAAUCUUGGUUUCAUCAGACCAGAGAAUCAUGUUCCUCAUGGUCUGAGAGUCUUUAGGUGCCUUUUGGCAAACUCAUAGCGGGCUGUCAUGUGCGUUGUACUGAGGAGUGGCAACCGUCUGGCCACUCUACCAUAAAGGCCUGAUUGGUGGAGUGCUGCAGAGAUGGUUGCCCCUCUGGAAGGUUCUCCUAUCUCCACAGAGGAACUCUAGAGCUCUGUCAGUGACCAUCGGGUUCUUGGUCACCUCCCUGACCCAAGACCCUUCUCCCCCGAUUGCUCAGUUUGCCGGGCGGCCAGCUCUAGGAAGAGUAUUGGUGGUUCCAAACAUCUUCCAUUUAAGAAUGAUGGCCACUGUGUUCUUGGGGACCUUCAAGAAAUGUUUUGGCACCCUUCCCCAGAUCUGUGCCUCGACACAAUCCUGUCUCAGAGUUUUUGUUUUUAAUACAUUUGCAAACAUUUCUACAAACCUGUUUUCGCUUUGUCAUUAUGGGGUAUUUUGUGUAGAUUGCUGAGGAAAUUGUUUUAUUUAAUCAAUUUUAGAAUAAGGCUGUAACGUGACAGUGGAAAAAGUUAAGGGAACAAAGUGGAAAAAGUUAAGGGGUCUGAAUACUUUCCAAGGCACUGUACAUAUUUAAAAAUAUCUCCACAUGGUGAUGUUUAUAAUAGUUAAAAACAAACAGUUUGUUCUUAACAUUUGAAAAAGGGCUUUCUUAUAUUCAUUUUGUGAUUUAUUGAUGCACUGAAUUCUAUAGGUAAAUGAUUCCAGUCAGUUGGCCCUUUGUAUCUGAAAGAUCCUACUCCAAUCUAAUUGGAAUUUGUAAAUGCUGCUGUUGUCGAAAGCAGUAGUGUGAGUCUUGUAUAGUUACAGUAUCUCACAAAGGUGAGUACACCCCUCACAUUUUUGUAAAUAUUUGAGUAUAUCUUUUCAUGUGACAACACUGAAGAAACGACACUUUGCUACAAUGUAAAGUAGUGAGUGUACAGCUUGUAUAACAGUGUAAAUGUGCUGUCCCCUCAAAAUAACACAACACACAGCCAUUAAUGUCUAAAUCGCUGGCAACAAAAGUGAGUACACCCCUAAGUGAAAAUGUCCAAAUUGGGCCCAAAGUGUCAAUAUUUUGUGUGGCCACCAUCAUUUUCCAGCACUGCCUUAACCCUCUUGGGCAUGGAGUUCACCAGAGCUUCACAGGUUGCCACUGGAGUCCUCUUCCACUCCUCCAUGACGACAUCACGGAGCUGGUGGAUGUUAGAGACCUUGCACUCCUCCACCUUCCGUUUGAGGAUGCCCCACAGAUGCUCAAUAGGGUUUAGGUCUGGAGACAUGCUUGGCCAGUCCAUCACCUUUACCCUCAGCUUCUUUAGCAAGGCAGUGGUCGUCUUGGAGGUGUGUUUGAGGUCGUUAUCAUGUUGGAAUACUGCCCUGCGGCCCAGUCUCCGAAGGGAGGGGAUCAUGCUCUGCUUCAGUAUGUCACAGUACAUGUUGGCAUUCACGGUUCCAUCAAUGAACUGUAGCUCCACAGUGCCGGCAGCACUCAUGCAGCCCCAGGCCAUGACACUCCCACCACCAUGCUUGACUGUAGGCAAUGCUUGUCUUUGUACUCCUCACCUGGUUGCCGCCACACACGCUUGACACCAUCUGAACCAAAUAAGUUUAUCUUGCUCUCAUCAGACCACAGGACAUGGUUCCGGUAAUCCAUGUCCUUCGUCUGCUUGUCUUCAGCAAACUGUUUGCGGGCUUUCUUGUGCAUCAUCUUUAGAAGAGGCUUCCUUCUGGGACGACAGCCAUGCAGACCAAUUUGAUGCAGUGUGCGGCGUAUGGUCUGAGCACUGACAGGCUGACCCCCCCACCCCUUCAACCUCUGCAGCAAUGCUGGCAGCACUCAUACGUCUAUUUCCCAAAGACAAACUCUGGAUAUGACGCUGAGCACAUGCACUCAACUUCUUUGGUCGACCAUGGCGAGGCCUGUUCUGAGUGGAACCUGGCCUGUUAAACCGCUGUAUGGUCUUGGCCACCGUGCUGCAGCUCAGUUUCAGGGUCUUGGCAAUCUUCUUAUAGCCCAGGCCUUCUUUAUGUAGAGCAACACUUAUUUUUUUCAGAUCCUCAGAGAGUUCUUUGCCAUGAGGUGCCAUGUUGAACUUCCAGUGACCAGUAUGAGGGAGUGUGAGAGCGAUGACACCAAAUUUAACACACCUGCUCCCCAUUCACACCUGAGACCUUGUAACACUAACGAGUCACAUGACACCGGGGAGGGAAAAUGGCUAAUUGGGCCCAAUUUGGACAUUUUCACAUAGGGGUGUACUCGCUUUUGUUGCCAGUGGUUUAGACAUUAAUGGCUGUGUGUUGAGUUAUUUUUAGGGGACAGCAAAUUUACACUGUUAUACAAGCUGUACACUCACUACUUUACAUUGUAGCAAAGUGUAAUUUCUUCAGUGUUGUCACAUGAAAAGAUAUAAUCAAAUAUUUACAAAAAUGUGAGGGGUGUACUCACUUUUGUGAGAUACUGUAGGUGUUCCUUAAUAUAUACAGGGACAUUUAAGUUGAUAGAUUUCAAAAUAAAUUGGUACCAAUGCAGUUGUUUUCUGUUUGAAUUUAGUGAUUCAUACAUUGUGCAAUGAUGUGUCUUAUAAUUGCACCCAAUAAUGAAUUGGCAAAGAUUGUUAUAAAUUACAUUUAAUUCGCUAAGUAAGGUCUUGGUUGUGUUUUUGUAGAGCUCACCAUAGGAUGUAUUUCUAAUGGAUAUAGUAAAACAAUUCAUAGAUCUGUAUAGUAACCCAAACUUAUAGUUAACUGUUUUUCUAAUAUAAUCAGAAUCAAUCCCAGAUAUUUCAAACAAUCAACACAUUCAACCCUUGCAACUAUUCAUACUGGCAUGAUGUUCCAUAACUCAUCCAUGAUCUAUGUGAAACAUAUGACUGUGUGUCUGGAGUGUGUAACUGUGUGUGUGUUUGCAGGAACGGUCCGCAGGUUUCUCGAGAACCAUGGAGAGAGCAUAGAGAUGGUGGUGUUCGCUGUGACGGACAUGGAAGAGGUUUGUUCUUAUAUUCUUCUCUGCACAUACCUGUGACGUUUACACAUUCCUAGGUUUACAUGCACGUAACUGCACUGGCUUAUUCUUAGGGCAACCAACUUAUUUUCUGGAGUGUAACUGAACUCAGGGUUAUGUUUGGAGCUGUGUUUCGAAGUCCAUGGUUUAUUGUGAUUAUUCACUAAUUUGUAAUUCGUAGAGAACGUAAAAUAUUUCAAAGAUGACAUGAGUGUUCCAGUAUAAGGUGAUUAUUGAUGUCAAAAGAAGGUAAACACAACAGACCAACUAUUUUAUUGAUAAGGAGAAUACAUUAGGGUUUUUGUGUUAGAAUGCAUGUGUGAGUGUGUGGCAUUAUCUUAUAUAUGUAUGUGUGUAUGUAUGUGUGUGUGUGUGUGUGUGUGUGUGUGUGGUUAACAUCGUUUUUGUAUGUGUCUUAGCCUACAUACAGGAAGCUACUUCCUCUCUACUACCCUCGUUCUGAGGAAGAGGAGCGUGCCAGCCUGCCCCUAAUCCCUGCCGACAUUGGCAACUCGGAGGGUGAGCCUGUAGUCCCAGAGAGACAGAUCCGCAUCGCCGAGAAACCAGGCAGUCUGGAAGGUAAGACUACAUUUCACAUAACCCCCUAGGUGCGACUCAUCUCCGAGCUGUAAAGCUGAACAUGGUUUCAAUAUGUUUACCAUAGUAACAACUUCCAUUCCAUGUAGGUGAUGCAUUGUAUGAAUACAUGGUGAUAAUAGACCUGCUGCCACCAGCAGUCCUUCGUCUCUGUGCAGCAGCUGUAGAUCCUGGAGUCUGAACAGCACAUAACUGGCUAGUGCUGCCUAGUUUAGAAGCAGAUUAUCUGUGUCCAUGGAGACACAUUCAGUGGACAUAGGAGAAGAAUGCAGGAUGAUCUGUCAUAGUCCAGUCAGUGGAACAUCUCAGUCAUACCCUCAGCCAGUGGUGGAACACACACACACAACACACAGACCGAGUGAUGGAUCUUACAUCAGAGUGGAAGGCAUUAGGAGCCGUCUAAUUGUUAAAUUAAACAUGUCUUCCUGUUGAUUAAUAUUUUCCACUGAGCACCAUGCUGCACUGACAGGUGCACUAACUGCAGAGAGGAGGACAUACAGUGCCUUUGGAAAGUAUUCAGACUCCUUUAUUUUUUCCACAUUUUGUUACGUUACAGCCUUCUUCUAAAAUGGAUGACAUACAACAUUUUCCUCAGCAAUCUACACACAAUACCCCAUAAUGACAAAGCGAAAACAGGUUGUUAGAUUCUUGCAAAUUUAUACAAAAUAAUAAACAGAAAUACCUUAUUUACAUAAGUAUUCAGACCCUUUGCUAUGCGACUCGACAUUGAGCUCAGGUGCAUCCUGUUUCCAUUGAUCAUCCUUGAAAUGUUUCUACAACUUGAUUGGAGUCCCAUGUGGUAAAUUAAAUUGAUUGGACAUGAUUUGGAAAGGCACACACCUGUCUAUAUAAGGUCCCACAGUUGACAGUGCAUGUCAGAGCAAAAACCAAGCCAUGAGGUCGAAGGAAUUGUCCGUAGAGCUCCGAGACAGGAUUGUGUCGAGGCACAGAUCUGGGGAAGGGUAACUAAGCAUUUCUGCAGCAUUGAAGGUCCCCAAGAACACAGUGGCCUCCAUCAUUCUUAAAUGGAAUUAAAUUUGAAACCACCAAGACUCUUCCUAGAGCUGGCCGCCCGGCCAAACUGAGCAAUCGGGGGAGAAGGGCCUUGGUCAGGGAGGUGACCAAGAACCCGAUGGUCACUCUGACAGAGCUCCAGAGUUCCUCUGUGGAGAUGGGAGAACCUUCCAGAAGGACAACCAUCUCUGCAGCACUCCACCAAUCAGGCCUUUAUGGUAGAGUGGCCAGAUGGAAGCCACUCUUAAGUAAAAGGUACAUGACAGUCCGCUUGGAGUUUGCCAAAAGGCACCUAAAGACUCUCAGACCAUGAGAAACAAGAUUCUCUGGUCUGAUGAAACCAAAAUGUAACUCUUUGGCCUGAAUGCCAAGCGUUACGUCUGGAGGAAACCUGCCACCAUCCCUACGGUGAAGCAUGGUGGUGGCAGCAUCAUGCUGUGGGGAUUUGGGAGACUAGUCAGGAUCGAGGGAAAUAUGAACGGCGAAAAGUACAGAGAGAUCCCUGAUAAAAACCUGCUCCAGAGCGCUCAGGACCUCAGACUGGGGGCGAAGGUUCACCUUCCAACAGGACAACGACCCUAAGCACACAGCCAAGACAACGCAGGAGUGGGUUCGAGACAAGUCUCAAUGUCCCUGAGUGGCCCUGCCAGAGCCCGGACUUGAACCCGAUCGAACAUCUCUGGAGAGACCUGAAAAUAGCUGUGCAGCAACGCUCCCCAUCCAACCUGACAGAGCUUGAGAGCAUCUGCAGAGAAGAAUGGGAGAACUCCCCAAAUACAGGUGUGCCAAGCUUGUAGCGUCAUACCCAACAAGACUCGAUGCUGUAAUCGCUGCCAAAGGUACUUCAACAAAGUACUGAGUAAAGGGUCUGAAUACUUAUGUAAAUAUGAUAUUUCAGUUAUUUAAAUUAAAUAAAUUAGCAAAAAUGUCUAAAACCUUGUUUUUGCUUUCUCACUAUGGGGUAUUGUGUGUAGAUUGAUGAGGGGAAAAAACUAUUUAAUCAAUUUUAGAAUAAGGCUGUAACGUAACAAAAUGUGGAAAAAGUCAAGGGGUCUGAAUACUUUCCGAAGGCACUGUAUGUCUUCAAUAAAGGAAUCCAAGAUGGCCUCCCUCUUGUAUUCAGAUGUUUUCUGUGGUGCUGAAUAUGUUUCUCUUUCAGUAAGAGUGUUUUUAGUUUUGUUUAUGUGUUUGUGUACUAAACUAAAGGACUGGACUGGUGUACUUUAGUUACUUGUGUUCAUAUUAGCCAUGUGUAUGUUUGUGUUAGUAUCAACAUUGUGUGUGUGUACCUCUCUUUGGAUGACUGUUGUCCAUAUGGGGCUCAGCCCUAGAUAGAAACUCCAGACCCAGAGGUGUCGAUCCAAGACAAACAGGCUGUGUGUGUGUCAGGCCCAAUGACAACAAACACUGGAAUAAACACACACACACACACACACACACACUCCGCCUAAUCCAGAGGGGCCAUGGGUGAGCUGCUUCUCUUGCCUUGGGCUGGAUGGCUCAGGACUGGGUGGACAGCCCAAGGUCUAGACACACACACCGGAGAAACAGGCCUGGUUUCACAACCAGUGAACAUGUGAUGUUUCAUGCUGUGUUUGUGUGGCUUUUCACAGCAAUGCUUUGAAAGAUUAUAUUUGUUGAUACAACAUUGAGGGAGAUUGUGUUUUAUGUCUUUUAGAGUUGGAAGUAGUUUUCAUAGAAUGAUGUGUGUGUGUACUGGAUAGAUGACUGUGAGGAGGAGACUCUGGACUCAGACCUGGGCCAGGUGGGGACUCAUGCGUUUGCCCGGAUGGAGGGAGAUGUGGACAAACAGCGCAAACUCAUCCUGCAGGGCCAGCUGUCUGAUGCAACCAUGCACAAACAGCACCAGAGAAAGUGAGUCUAACACAAGUUGUAAACAGAGAUGGGCAGUAUUUCUGUUACGUGUAUUUGAAAUACGUAUUUGAAUUAUUUUGUAUGUUGUAUUACACUGAGCUGAACUACACUCCAAUGUAUUUUGUAACAAGAUACUUUCGAAAGCUGUAAUUAGUAUUUUCAAAAUACAAUUCUAUACCAUUUCUUUAUAGUGGUUCACAAUUGUAUGACCCCCUUUCACCCUACAUUGGUAUCAAACGUCUGAUGGCACUAUGGUGUAAUAAGAGCGUCUGCUAAAUGAACAAAAUGUAAAUAUAAAAAUGAACAAUUGCCAAGUAUUAUUCUAUUGAGCUCCUCCCCAAAACAAGGCCAAUGGCAAUACCCAGUGUGCUUUGCAAUUGUUCAUUUUCACAUAUACAUUUACAUUUUGGUCAUUUAGCAGACACUCCUAUCCAGAGUGACAGUGCAUUCAACUAAGGUAGAUGAACAACAAUAUAUCACAGUCAUAGCAAGUAAGACGUUUCUGUAACCGUUACUGAGAAUGUUGUUUCUGUUCAGCCGGCUACUUGCAAAUGUAUUUUUGUAUUUUAAAAUACAAAACACAUGUAUUUUAAUGAAAUACGAUACUUUGCAAAAGUAUCUUAUUCUAUUUUGAUACAUUGGUCUUUAGGGUAUUUUGUAGUUUUAUGCCCAUCCCUGCUUGUACACUACAUUCCUACCAUGCAUUUAUUAACAUUCACAGUACACCCUAAGCAGUACAGUACUGAGUGUUGACAUAAUGUGUUAUAACGCUCCUGUUGUCGCAGUUAUAACCGCUGGUUAUGUCGAGCCAGGGCAGAGGACUUGUCUGACAUAGCAGCACUGAAAGCCUUAUAUCAAACUGGUGAGUCGAGAGAGAGUGUGUUCGUGCGUGCGUGCAUCUUUUUUCUUUAUGUGUUUGAUCUCUGGUGGGUUGGGGACGGAAAUCCUUUUUCCAGCUCAUUGAACACAGCAUCAGGGGGUGAGAUAAUCCGUUUUCUCAUUUUUCGUUCUCAGGAUUAAAAAUGGCCAGUAAUGAAACGGCCUCCGUGGUCAUGGCAGGACGUCUUACUCUCAUUCUCUCCCUCUUUCUCUUACACUCUGUCUAUAUCUCUUGCCUCAUUCUCUCUGUUCACACUCUUUCAUUUGGUUUCAUUUAGUUAUUUGGUUCAUUCAUUUGUAUUUAUUUUUCAGGCGAUAGUGAUUAUGUAGUGGGGCUCAUAACACCCUCCUAUUUCAGUGAGUGUAAUUGUCCCAUGUUUCCUCUAGGAGGCAGCGUAGUAACACUGGCAGGCCACUGGGCCAGAAUCUGUGAUGUGAUGUGUGUGUGUGUGUGUGUGUGUGUGUGUGUGUGUGUGUGUGUGUCCACAGGUGUUGACAUGUGUGGCAGGACGGUGAUGGUUCUUGUGGGCAGAAAUAUUCCUGUCACCCUCAUCGACAUGGAAAAGGUACCAGGCCUCAUUCGGAGGCAACAUCAUGAACAUUACUGUUUUAAUGGUUCGAUAGAAAACAGAUUAAUAUUGUUGCUCUGUGAGAAAGCCUUAACCGCUCCACCAUGUGUGUGUCUCCACUGCAGGCCCUGUUGUACUUCAUCCAUGUCAUGGAUCACAUCACAGUGAAGGAGUAUGCAAUGGUUUACUUCCACACUCUGACCGGAGAACACAACCAUCUAGACUCUGAAUUCCUUAAGAAGCUCUACGAGAUUGUAGACGCCAAGUAAGACACAUACACCACACGUGUUAUUGAUAUAGUGAGGCGAGAGAGAGCUAGAUUAACUGAAGGCAAUAGAGACAAUUAGACUGUUUGUUACCAGAUAUGACGUGCAAAUCAAAUCUGAACGUGUAAGAUGAAACUGGUCUUCAGCAAGUCCUAUCCAUGAAUGAGGUUUUACCAUGAAAUCGUUCUGGGCUCCAUGAUCUGUCAGUUUGUUAUUUAGAGUACAGUUGGCUCAUCCUCCAGUAAGACCAGUGCAGGUUUAUCACCUUUUUGUAUAGCAUCCAAACAUAUUGUUCACACUACCAUGAAGCCAAGGAGCUCGGAGACGGUUUCCAAAAAGUGAUGCAUUGGCAGUGAGGCGCCCCAAAUCAGAGACGCUAACAUUAUGAAAGCAUUAGCAUUUCUUGCCAGCUCUACAACCUUCACUGAACAAACAGCCUGUUGCAGACAACAAUCGGCCAUGAAUGAACUUCAUGUGCAAUUAAAGAAAACAGCAUCAGGUUCUGUGUGACUUUAAAAAAAUCUCCCCUCUUCUGUUUCAAGACUAAGAAAAGCACCAUACACUUUAACUUAGCAGUACCAAUGUCAACACUAUACACCCUAACCUUACGUGCCUCUCUGCUUGCCUCUAUUUGAGUCUAAGAUGAGGUCAACCACUAAACACUUUUUUUCUGUCUACUCACACCAUCACACUGGACUGGAGCUGAAAACCACAUACUGCCAAUGAAAACCAGAAGCCUUCUCACCCUCAACCCUACAGCCAUAGAAAAGGCAGCUCCAGUCACACCCACACUAUCUCCUCAGCAGUGGGCAGUUUCACCCAGUCAUUCUGAGACAUCUAGAGGGAGAUAUUGACUGUCAAUCAGUCUCUGGACAUACUACACAACUUCCUCUUUUGUGAAGAAUGGAGAUUCCAGUCUGAAGCUAGUUUUUAUAGUCAUUGAAAAAUUCUUAAUCCGACCGUAUCUGUUGGGGUUUUUAUCUAGUGUUCCUUUGAUAUAACAGAAAGUAAUCUCACUUAUUAGUAGAUCAACUGAGUUUCCACCAAAUCAAAUCUUAUUUGUCACAUGCGCCGAAUACAACAGGAGUAGACCUUACAGUGAAAUGCUUACUUACAAGCCCUUAACCAACAAUGCAGUUUUAAGAAAAGUAAGUGUUAAGUAAAAAAUUGAUAAGUAAAAAAAAAAAAAAAAAAAAGGAACAAAUAAUUAAAGAGCAGUAGUAAAAUAACAGUAGCGAGGCUAUAUACAGGGGGUACCGGUACAGAGUCAAUGUGCGGGGCCACAGGUUAGUCGAGGUAAUAUGUACAUUUAGCUAGAGGUAAAGUGACUAUGCAUAGAUAAUAAAUAGUAGCAGCAGCGUAAAAAGAGGGGGGAGGAGGGGGGGGGGGGACAAUGCAAAUAGUCUGGGUAGCCAUUUGAUUAGCUGUUCAGGAGUCUUAUGGCUUGGGGGUAGAAGCUGUUAAGAAGCCUUUUGGACCUAGACUUGGCGCUCUGGUACCGCUUGCCGUGCGGUAGCAGAGAGAACAGUCUAUGACUAGGGUGGCUGGAGUCUUUGGCAAUUUUUAGGGCCUUCCUCUGACACCGCCUGGUAUAGAGGUCCUGGAUGGCAGGAAGCUUGGCCCCAGUGAUGUACUGGGCCAUACGCACUACCCUCUGUAGUGCCUUGUGGUCGGAGGCCGAGCAGUUGCCAUACCAGGCGGUGAUGCAACCAGUCAGGAUGCUCUCGAUGGUGCAGCUGUAUAACUUUUUGAGGAUCUGAGGACCCAUGCCAAAUCUUUUCAGUCUCCUGAGGGGGAAUAGGCUUUGUCGUGCCCUCUUCACGACUGUCUUGGUGUGUUAGGACCAUGAUAGUUUGUUGGUGAUGUGUGCACCAAGGAACUUGAAGCUUUCAACCUGCUCCACUACAGCCCCGUUGAUGAGAAUGGGGGCGUGCUCAAUCCUCCUUUUUCUGUAGUCCACAAUCAUCUCCUUUCCCACAACGUGAUCAAGACAGAGGUUGUUGUCCUGGCACCACACGGCCUGGUGUCUGACCUACUCCCUAUAGGCUCUCAUCGUUGUCGGUGAUCGGGCCUACCAUUGUUGUGUCGUCGGCAAACUUAAUGAUGGUGUUGGAGUCAUGCUUGGCCAUGCAGUCAUGGGUGAACAGGGAGUACACGGGGGACUGAGCACGCACCCCUGAGGGGCCCCCGUGUUGAGGAUCAGCGUGGCAGAUGUGUUGUUACCUACCUUUACCACCUGGGGGCAGCCCGUCAGGAAGUCCAGGAUCCAGUUGCAGAGGGAGGUGUUUAGUCCCAGGGUCCUUAGCUUAGUGAUGAGCUUUGAGGGCGCUAUGGUGUUGAACGCUGAGCUGUAGUCAAUUAAUAGCAUUCUCACGUAGGUGUUCCUUUUGUCCAGGUGGGAAAGGGCAGUGUGGAGUGCAAUCGAGAUUGCAUCAUCUGUGGAUCUGUUGGAGCAGUAUGCAAAUUGGACUGGGUCUAGGGUUUCUGGGAUAAUGGUGUUGAUGUGAGCCAUGACCAACCUUUCAAAGCACUUCAUGCCUACAGAUGUGAGUGCUACGGGUCAGUAGUCAUUUAGGCAGGUUACCUUAGUGUUCUUGGUCACAGGGACUAUGGUGGUCUGCUUGAAACAUGUUGGUAUUACAGACUCAGACACUUGCCAGUUGGUCAGCGCAUGCUCGGAGUACACAUCCUGGAAAUCCAUCUGGCCCUGCGGCCUUGUGAAUGUUGACCUGUUUAAAGGUCUUACUCACAUCGGCUACGGAGAGUGUGAUCACACAGUCGUCCGGAACAGCUGAUCCUCUCAUACAUGCUUCAGUGUUGCUUGCCUCGAAGCGAGCAUAGAAGUGAUUUAGCUCAUCUGGUAGGCUCGUGUCACUGGGCAGCUCGCGGUUGUGCUUCCCUUUGUAGUCCGUAAUAGUUUGCAAGCCCUUCCACAUCCGACAUUCCACAUUCCACAUCCGACGACCAAUAAAAAGGACUGGCGACAUUAGGAACUCUGUUUUGGUGAGCUCUUUAGAGUUGGCUUUUGGACUUAGCAGAGAUCUGUUUUGGAAAUGACUAUUCUAUCCCUAGGCCUAGACCAAGAAGAGAACCUCAAGAACCUGUCUGGCUGGGGAGAUGAGGGAGUGAGAGGCUGUUCCACCAUGGAGACAGAUGGGUUAGAAUUUGGCCCUAAAGGAUUGUCCCUGGCCCAAACAAGGCCAUAUUCUACCUCCCUGUAGUGUCUUCGAGGUCUCUCAGAACACUGAUGAAACUGGUUAAAUGGUAAUUUGCUUGAGGCGGUUUUUGCAAGUGCCCUGUAAGCUUGUACUGGCUAUGGGUGGUUACUGUGAACACAAUGUACCUCCAAAAGAUGAUGGGUUUGUUCCACAUUAUAUGAAAUGGGACUAAAACCAUGUAAUUACAUGGUAGUUACAUAGGCAGGUUUAGUGUAUUGAUAUUGCAAGUACAUUGGUAGUCUAUGUCGGAGAGGCGUGGGAAAGGGUAGAGGGUUGUGUCUUUGUUUGUGUUUCCGUGUGUGCAGGUUUCCGUGCUCUUGGAUGGCCUUGGGUUAAUUUUGGGGGGGACAGUACCAUGUGCCUUGGUCUGAGGAAAUCGCUACAUUUGGAGCAGUUUCAUGGACAUUUGUCCGUUUUGUAAAAAUGCACUCUCUUCUUUCUGGACAUUUUUUAUAUAUUGCUGUUUUUUUCUUCUUCUCAAUAAGCACAAAUAUAAGUCAUCGUUAUAAUAAUAAUGACAACUAUGUAACAUGCUAGCCAAUAGUGAUGUGUUUGUGAAUUAAUUCUGUAGUUGAUGUUUUUUGCUUUGUUUUAUAUUCCAGGUUUAAGAAGAACUUGAGGGCUUUCUACUUUGUACACCCCUCGUUUCGCUCCAAGGUAAAGUACAGUACUUCCCUUUUACUGCUUCUCCAAACUCUGGUAUAUGUAUUUAUACUACUGUGUCUAAAAGGCAUUGCUGUUAUAUGUAUUUACUGUGCAUUCGGGAAGUAUUCGGACCCCUUGACUUUUUCCACAUUUUGUUACGUUACAGGCUUGAAAAAUGGAUUCAAUUGUUUUUUCCCCCUCAUCAAUCUACACACAAUAUCCCAUAAUGACAAAGCAUUUUUUUGUGCAUUUUUUAAUAUUUUUUUAAAUAACUGAAAUAUCACAUUUACAUAAGUAUUCAGACCCUUUACUCAGUACUUUGAUGAAGCACCUUUGGCAGCGAUUACAGACUUGAGGCUUCUUGGGUAUGACGCUACAAGCUUGGUAUUUGGAGAGUUUCUACCAUUCUUCUCUGCAGAUCCCCUCAAGCUCUGUCAGGUUAGAUAGGGCGAGUCUCUGCACAGCUAAGUCCGGGCUCUGGCUGGGCCACUCAAGGACAUUCAAAGACUUGUCCCGAAGCCACUCCUGCGUUGUCUUGGCUGUGUGCUUAGAGUCGUUGUCCUGUUGGAAGAUUAACCUUCACCCCAGUCUGAGGUCCUGAGCAUCUCUCUGUACUUUGCUCCAUUCAUCUUUCCCUCGAUCCUGACUAGUCUCCCAGUCCCUGCUGCUGAAAAACAUCCCCACAGCAUGAUGCUGCCACCACCAUGUUUCAUCGUAGGGAUGGUGCCAGGUUUCCUCCAGACAUGACGCUUGGCAUUCAGGCCAAAGAGUUCAAUCUUGGUUUCAUCAGACCAGAGAAUCUUGUUUCUCAUGGCCUGAGUGUCUUUAGGUGCCUUUUGGUAAACUCCAAGCGGACUGUCAUGUCAUUAUGGGUUAUUGUGUGUAGAUUGAUGAGGAAAAUGUAAUCCAUUUUAGAAUAAGGCUGUAACGUAACAAAGUGGAAAAAGUUAAGAGGUCUGAAUACUUUCCGAAUGCACUGUAUACUACUGUGUCUACAAGGCAUUGUUGGGAUAUGUACAUACGCUACGGUUGGGGACAAUUCCAUUUCAAUUCAGGAGGUACACUGAAAUUCCAAUUCUCUUCAAUGAUUUUCAAUGAGGAAAACUUGGAAUUGGAAUUUGGUUUACUUUCUGAAUUGACUGGAAUUUAAAUGAAAUUGACCCCUACCCCGGUAUAUACUAUAUAUGUAUUCAGUGUAUGUACAAUGCAACAAUCUCUUUGGCUGCUUUGACGCCACUGUGUUUUCAAACCUCUGUCUAGUUCACAACCUUUUCUGACCUAGAACUGCAGGGCUCUACACACACGCGCACAGCCCUUUAGAUGGGACAAGGCUCACAGUGUAGCAAUGUACUAAUUGGUUGAUUUUAAAGGAUCCAUGAUCUCAGAGGUAGCCCUGAGGUGUGUAUGACUGACGGGGCUAGGCAUUGUGGGAAAUGGGUUUAAAUGGUUUGGAAUGAGAAGCAGAGCUACUAAAGAGCAGAGUGGAAGUCUAUUGGCGAUAUUCAAUCAAACCUAAUAAGUGGAUUUUAGGGAGAAGUAAAUUAGUUUCAAUAGACUACCUCUUAAACACAGAGGAAUGCUUCAGCCAAAACGCAUCCAUGCUUGGUAAACAAACCAGUAUUACAAUUGAGCAUUUAGGCCAGGUUUCCCAAUCCGGACACAAGACUAACAAAGAACUUUCAAUGGAGAAAGUGGUUCAUCUGUGUCCGGGAAACAGGCACUGUUAUCCCCCACCUAUUUUUGUUGUUGUUGCUAUUUCCACUAUUACCAGUGUUUUUCGAUGUAUCUGAUCUUAUCAUGUUAAUUUAUCUGUGUGUCAGGUGUCCACCUGGUUCUUCACAAGGUUCAGUGUGUCAGGGAUGAAGGAGAAGGUCCAUCAUGUAGAGACCCUCCAGCAGCUCUUCACCUGUAUCCUGCCUGAACAGAUAGACAUCCCCCCCUUCGUCCUGGAGUAUGACGCACGGGUGAGGCCCUACACACUACUCUGUCUAGUUUACUAACCUUGUUGACCGACAUCUGCAAGGCUCCACGCACUCACACACAUUCACUCAAGCAUUCAGAAUUGUGGGUACAGUGCAUUCGGAAAGUAUUCAGAGCCGUUCACUUUUUCCACAUUUUGUUACGUUACAGCCUUAUUCUAAAAUGUAUUAAAUAAAUGUUUGGCCUCAUCAAUCUACACACAAUACCCAACGAAUGACAAAGUGAAAAUAGGUUUUAGAAAUAUUUGCUAAUUUAUCAAAUUAAAUUAAAAAAUACACUACCGGUCAAAAGUUUUAGAACACCUACUCAUUCAAGGGUUUUUCUUUUCUUUUUACUAUUUUCUACAUUGUAGAAUAAUAGUGAAGACAUCAAAACUAUGAAAUGACACAUUUGGAAUCAUGUAGUAACCAAAAAAGUGUUAAACACAUCAAAAUACAUUUUAUAUUUGAGAUUCUUCAAAUAGCCACCCUUUGCCUUGAUGACAGCUUUGCACACUCUUGGACCUGAAAAUAGCUGUGUAGCGACGCUCCCUAUCCAACCUGACAGAGCUUGAGAGGAUCUGCAGAGAAGAAUGGGAGAAACUCCCCAAAUAUUUACAUUUACAUUUUAGUCAUUUAGCAGACGCUCUUAUCCAGAGCGACUUACAGUUAGUGAGUACAUACAUUUUUCAUACUUUUUUUCAAAUACAGGUGUGCCAAGCUUGUAGCUUCAUACCCAAGAAGACUCGAGGCUGUAAUCGCUGCCAAAGUUGCUUCAACAAAGUACUGAGUAGAAGGUGUGAAUACUUAUGUAAAUGUAAUAUUUCAGUUUUUUAUUUUUUAUACAUUUGCAAACAUUUCUAAAAACCUGUUUUUUGCUUUGUCAUUAUAGGGUAUUGUGUGUAGAUUUUAUUUUUAUUUAAGGCUGUAACGUAACAGAAUGUGGAAAAAGUGAACGAGUCUGAAUACUUUCCGAAUGCACUGUAUAUUCCCACAUUGUAUCAGAUUCUAAGUGUUGCACUUGUGUGUGUUACGAUUUAAAAUGUAACAUGUACCUUAUCUUCUUCUGACUAUUUUUGUUGGGUUCAAAGGACCCAAUUGUCUGCAAAAAGAAAAAUGGCAGUUUGGUCAAUUUGUUGUAAUGGUUGUGAUCCAUCACUGGAAAUGAAACGGGAAUUGUUAUGUAGUUGAAUACAAUUGAGUUAUUUAUCCUGGGUUAUUUCAAGGUCACUGGUCACAGAAUCACAAAGAUGUCAUUAAAUGGUUUCUAAAUGGAGGUUUGUUUCUUAAAAAAGCAGUGAGGGUGGUUGAAAAGCGAUAUGAAGUUACUUUGGGCCUGCUCACUAAAAAUAGUCCAUCAAAACGUGGGGCGGGAAACACGGCUCUUUGGGAAUUACCAUGGGGAACACUACAGUAGAUUAAUUCUACUGCAGGAGCGAGAGGUAGAGAGAAAGAGGUAGACCAACCAACAGUGAGACAAUGAAGUACAGCACUAUAGCAAAUGACCAAAAGGUCAUGAAUGUAUGAGGAGGACCUCUCAUAUCUUAUCUAAUGUCAAAGUUCCCUUAAACAGCACAUUGCCAAGACUGAUGUUGUAGUAGUUUCUGUUGCCUAGGGGCAUUCCACUCUGUGUUCUAUGGUUAUAUGCUUGACCUGAAUAAUAUGUAUGCAAUCCUCUGGGCUGUUUUUACAAUAUCCUGUAAACUGCAUGUCUUUAGAAUUAGAUCAUGUAUUGUACUGUAUAUAACAUGGAGCCCUUACAACGACACCAAGUAGCUUGUUUAUUUUGUCUUUCUUGCUACGUGGAUAUUAUUGUACCCAUUUGUUUUCCAGAUGUUUUAUUGAGACAUAACACCCACUCGGACCCCCCCAUGUAUCCAUAUAAGAUGGAUGUAAACACUUGAUAUUCCUUUUAGUAUAUUUACACAGGUCUGUGUGUUUUACUCUAAACUCAAUUUGUCAUCCAGAGUUAUCAAUCUUAAUCAGAUGGAAACCAGAACUGAAAAUAAUGAGAGUAACACAAUGGCUCUUUAAAAUAUUUAAUUUGAUCUUGUGUUGACAUAAGUCAGAGAGGGGAAAUUAUGCAAUCACUCCUUUUUUUGUCUUUUUUGGUUGUUGCAAUCACUCCUUACUGGCUCUGGGUGACUCAUUUGUUAGUUUGUGGCGUUGGUUAAUUUGUAAGCUCAAAUACUUGAUUAUGCUGAUCUUUCUCUUCUUGUUCUUGUUUUGCCUGGGUCUGUGUUGGUUUAGAUUGUCCUUGUUUUGCCUGGGUCUGUGUUGGCUUAGAUUGAGUAAGGAAUGUCUUUGAAGUGGAGGCUCCAUUAUGGAUUUAUGGAUCUAUCUGACUGUAGAUUAUUUGAGUUGAUGUUGCACAGUGUUGCACUUCUUCUAGCUCUUAAUGCUAACUAUGGUAACCAUCUCAGUCUCUCCCCUCGCUACCCUGGCCUAUGAGUGCAUCAGCAUCUGCGUUCAACUGCAGAGCGGCUGGCGAUAGCCCUUCAAAUGAUCCAAGCGUUGGUCCCAUUUGGAUUUAGCCACAAGGCUGUGGACAGAGAUUAUUACUGUGCACCAGCCUGCUUACCACUUUCUAAGGGAGAAAAACUGGAACACUGAGAUGUCCACCGUUACAAAAAUGUACCAGAAAAACACUGCCAUUAAAUUAUUUUAUAUCAGUGCAGGCUCCUCAGAGGAGGAAGGGGAGGACCAUCCUUCUCAGUAAAUUUCAUAAAAAUUAAAAUAGUGCAACAUUAGUGAUCAUUUUUAGAUAAAACUAUACUAAAUACACUGAGUAUACAAAACAUAAAUAACACCUGGUCUUUCCAUAACAUAGACUGACCAGGUGAAUCCAGGUGAAAGUUAUGUAAGGGAUAAUCAACGAGGGGCUAUGCGUUCUCUGGAAAAUAAUGAACAACGUGGAAGCUGUGUUCCACGAUGCGCUAGCGGAGUGGAACUGACAUUCCACGGAGUUGCAUUAUUUUCCAGAGAACGCAUAGAGCCCCGAGUUGAUUAUCCCUUUUAUACCAUGGCUAUAAUUGAACACAUUUGCCACUAGAAAUGUGUUCAACAUCCACUGAAGUGGAGAGCAAGUUUACUAGAUGACUACAGUAGUUGUCGUGGUAACCAAACAGACUUGCUAGUUUAGCUAACCAAACCAUCAGUCCUAGCUUGCCAUUAUGAAAAUUGAAUUCAACAAUGCCAAUAAUGUUUUCAAUUCGACUUUUGCUUUCAAAAAGCAGCUCAAACAGAACGUGUAAGAAUGAACUAUAGCCAUUGAAUUCUACCGUGCAAAUAUACCAUGCAUUAUAGGGAAUUAUAAACUGCGUGGUUCGAGCCCUGAAUGCUGAUUGGCUGACAGCCAUGGUAUAUCAGACCGUAUACCAUUUAUUUUUACUGCUCUUAUUACAUUGGUAACCAGUUUAUAAUAACAAUAAGGCACCUCGGGGGUUUGUUGUAUAUGGUCAAUAUACCACAGCUAAGGGCUGUAUCCAGGCACUCUGCAUUGCAUUGUGCAUAAGAACAGCUCUUAGCCGUGGUAUAUUGGCCAUAUAUCACACCCCCUCGGGCCUUAUUGCUUAAUUAUACAACGGGUGGAUCUAAUCCUGAAUGCUGAUUUGGUUAAAACCGCAUUCCAGCAGGUGUCUAUUCCACAAGUUACCACCUAUUUACUGUUUUCCAACUGACUGCGCAAUCCACUGUCUCAUCAGCCCAGCCAGGCAAUUUAUAAACUUAAUCUCCACUAUAAAAAGCAUCUAGACUUUUUUCUCAGCCAGUCGAAAUCAUGAAUCAGCUGGCAUAAUUUUAUGGAUAUAUACAAAGACAUUUCAAUAGAAAACGGGUAAAACGAAAUGAAAUGCAGCUAGUUUGCUGUCUUUCCAGCUUCAGUUCGAAGUGAUUGUGUUAGCAGUGUCCUGAUGAGAGCAUAUUUUCAAUGCCAGGCGAAGUUGUGCAUCAUUAGCUCAUUGUUAUAAAUGUACCCAAAUAAAUAAAGCUAGAAAACAGCUUAAACAAACGCAAAUGCAGCUACUUUGCUAUUAUUCUGUCUGCACUGUUUGACGUGACUGCAAGUUAGCCGUAGAGAAUUAAUCUAGUACUGAAAGCAAAAGCUACAGCUAGCUAGCACUGCAGUGCAUAAAGUGUGGUGUAGUUUACUCCGAGGGAGAAAGGCAAUAGUUGAACAGUUUUUAACAAUGUACGUUCUUAAAAAAUUAAGGAGAAGCAGCAGAGGGAGAGCUAACUAUAUUUCAUUGUAUAUUUUUUUCUUCUUAGUUUACCUUUCACAUACUUAGCUAAUGCAGCUAAUUUAGCCUACUCAACAACCUGACUCAGAAAGGAAUGCUAUUUAUGUUAGCUAGCUGGCUAAGGCUAUCCAACACCGCAACUCUUCCAAGUCAAGGUUCGCUUUCAGUUUUAUUCAUUUAUUGCCACCGGGGCCCGCUGGUGUAACUGCUUGCUGUACACUGUACUGUGUGAUUGUACACAUGGAUUGGAUAGUGGGUUUACUAACGUGUUAAUUCUAGUUUGUUGACUUUAAUGUUAAUAUGGUGACAACGAUGUAGGCUAUGUAGUGAUUAUUAUUUAACGUUUAUGGUAUGAAGGUUUGGCUUGGAGAGGUUUUUGUGCCUGGUUACAGACAGCUGUUGUGUUGUACUGAAGUCCACAAGCAAAGGGAAAAGGUGAGAGGAGGAGAGUGCGUAGAUGCGAGAAGGAAUUAUACAAUGAGCGAAGUGAUGAAUGCUUUAUGUGGCUGCAAUGAAAGUGAACUGUGGGUGAGCAGGGGUGUAUUCAUUACGCCGAUUCUGUUGCAAAAUGUUUCUUAAAUGGAAGCAAAUGAAACGAGGGACCUACCUGAAUUUGUCCAAAAUAAACUAUUGUUUUGUUUGGACUAAUGAUUACUAAUGAUUACACCACAGAUCCGCUAGAUGCAGGCAAGAGUGUGCAAGGCAGUAUUGAAUGUGUCACUAUCUGUCACCUUGAUUACUCCAAUUUGUCUCUCAACCUGUGCACCUACAUUAUAAACUUUAAUUUGUAGGCUAGGUUGUAGCAACCUCAUGAUGGGUAUAGGGCAAAUUCGAGUAUCAUGAAGUAACCUUUCAAUGUUACUUUGAGCAGGGUGAAUAGAAUAUGAAUGACAGUCAUUCAAUAUGCUGUAAUAGAAAUAAGGCCUUGCUCAUUGAAAAAAAAUAUCCUCCCUAAUCUUGAACGGCAACGACCACCACUGUUUUAUAUAGAAGGGAUGUUUAUUCAGUAGGCAUUCCUAUCCAGAGACAUUUAGUUGGAAAUGCCAGUUUGUAUAUUUACUCAGGUUUGUGUGUUCUACUCAACUCCAUUUGUCACUGGAGUUAUCUAACUAAAUCAGAGGCAAACCAGGCCUACAAAUUAAUGAGAGAAUUAUACAAUGUCUCUUUAAUAUCUUUUAUUUGAUCUUUCAUUACGCUUUCAUUGCCUUUUUUGGUAACGUCUCUGGAUUUUGCAGUCAAAAUGCUCUCGGCUGACUACUGCACACACACACAGUGCUGUGUGUAACCUGAUAGAAAAACCUAAAACAUCAAGCAAUGUCUAUAACCUCAUUAUAAUGACAAUACCCUGUACUGUAUGUGUUUGUCUCUGUGUAUUUUAGGUGAAUGGUGCUUACCGCCCCUCCCACUCCUCCAGCCUGUGAAUGGACCAAUCAGAACUCAGACCGAGAGAUAUCAAAGGCCAAGGACUAUUUUAGACUCACUACAUCUACAGUCACUUAACUGGCUCCACUUCCUGGUUUUGACCAGCAGGAACUCUGUGGUUUAGCUCCUUGACCAGAUUAUAAGACACCCAGGGCAUCAGUGGUCCUAGGUGGAUUUUGAGUGGGAUUUUGCUCUGCCUGGGAACUCACAAGGACAGUAUGACACUCUGAGAAGCCUGGAUACUAAUGAACCUAGGAUUAUGUUUUUUAUUAGGGGUGUGAUACAAUCAGAUGACAGACAGACAAAUGGGUCUCUCUGUGACGGAGCCUGUGGAACUCGCCUACCUAUCCCAGGACACACCAGUGGCCUGUCUUAAUCCUGCCUGUGUGUGUGUGCAGGCGAGAGACAUCAGUCAUGUUUCAAAUGUUUAAUUUUUGCACAACUUCAACCUUCAACAACUAGGUUGAAGGUUAUAUGUGUUCACAAUCACAAGCUGUUUUUAGGUGUCCCAGAACCUAGUGUCCACACUAUCCUUUUCCACCUUCUCUGUUUCUUAUUGAAUGCACAUGGUUGAAAUCGUUUAUCAAGUUUAUGGAAACUAGCAUGUGCCUCACAUGAAACACAAUGAUACCAUAAACAUAAUUCUACUACGCUCAAACCUACUGCUUUUUUCAGAAUACCAAAUGAACUUUGUGUUAGCCAUGCAGUCAUAUUCUUCAUACGUACGUUAACUUGAUUUCUCCUUUGUUACCUACUCUGUUAUAUUGUGCUAUUAUUUCAAUGUAUGCCAGCCUUGCUCUUCUGUCAAUGAACACACAUGCUUUCCUGAGACAUUAGUGAAUAAAAUACUGUAUUGAGAGCCACACAUUGUAUAGGCUAUAUAGUAGUUCAUGGUUGAGUAUCAGCUGAAGUUAGUCUUGUUUUAGUGGUCCAUAGAGAAAAGAUGUAGUCAUCUGAGAUUUGAGCUGCAUCCUAAUACAUUCUGUCCCAAUACAUUCUGUGCCAAGAUAGAGACUUUUUAAUUUCGAGGUAAAUACGUGAAAAUAAACAGUCGUACCAUUCUGA